GGGUUGCGCAAACUGUCAAUGGCCGACGCUCCAUAAAGUUAUUCAACCAAAGCAUCCAUCUUCCAAUACAGGCCUCGCCACAACGAACAAGCAACUUUUCGACGCUCGUGAACGCCCAGCGAUAUUGUCGAGGGCGCCCAGAACACAUUAUGACACCUUGGUAUAGUUGACACAAAUCGAUCACUGCUCUUUUUGGCUUCCGGCAUACUUUAGGCUGCUAGGCGCAUUCCAUCUACCCUCCCCAGCCAAGUUGCGAAGAUGAGCGAUCUCGACAGGGCGAUUGCUCAACUGCGAGCAUGCCGGCCGAUUCCCGAAGCAGAGGUGCGCGAGCUUUGCCACAAGGCCAGGGAGCUGCUGAUUGAGGAGGGGAAUGUCGUCACAGUCACUGCGCCUGUCACGAUAUGCGGAGAUAUCCAUGGGCAGUUCCACGACCUCAUGGAACUGUUUCGUGUGGGUGGCGACGUCCCCGACACAAACUAUCUCUUCAUGGGCGACUUUGUCGACCGCGGGUUCUACUCGCUCGAGUCCUUCCUACUCCUCCUCUGCCUCAAGGUGCGGUACCCAGACCGGAUGACGCUCAUCCGGGGCAACCACGAGUCUCGACAGAUCACGACCGUGUACGGGUUCUACGACGAGUGCCUCCGCAAGUACGGCAGCGCCAACGUUUGGCGCUACUGCUGCGACGUGUUCGACUACCUCGCGCUGGGUGCCAUCGUGUUGGGCGCGUCUAACACGCUCUCGCCCAGCGGCGACGGUGAGGCGCAGGGGAGCGAGGAGGACAUCGAGAUCGAGGUCUGCAACGCCGACGGGCAGAUCAUGUCGCAGUUCCCGCGCCAGCCACGGGGUGCCGGCAACAGCAUCAACAGACAGCCGCCCAGGGGGAGGAGUCCGAACGGCCCGACUAGAUUGCCCACAAACACGGGCCCUCCUGGUUCUGGGGCGUCGGGCUCGAGCGGCGGGUCGAUAGGCAACCCUGCAGGCGCCGUGUUGUGCGUGCACGGCGGGCUGAGUCCGCUGAUAGACAUGGUGGACAAGAUUCGGCUGCUCGAUCGCAAGCAAGAGGUGCCGCACGAAGGCGCCAUGUGCGACCUCUUAUGGUCCGACCCGGACGAGAUCGACGGCUGGGGCCUAUCGCCGCGCGGGGCGGGCUUCUUGUUCGGCGCCGAUAUAGUCAAGGUGUUCAAUUACAAGAACGACCUCAGCCUGAUCGCGCGCGCCCACCAGCUCGUCAUGGAGGGUUUUAAGGAAAUGUUUGACACGAGCAUCGUGACGGUGUGGUCAGCGCCCAACUACUGCUACCGCUGCGGCAACGUGGCGGCCCUGCUUGAGCUGUCCGAGGACGAGGGCGGCCUGGGAAUCUUUGCCCGCAGCAACGGCGACGUAAACCGCAGCGACGGCGGCCUGAUCGGCGGCGGCAGCGGCGUGCCUGGGAGCGGCCCGCGCGGCGUGCUUAUGGAGAACGACCUCGCCAGCCUGAAGCCAGGCCCGGCAAGGCGCUACCGCGUCUUCCAGGCGGCGCCGCAGGAUUCAAGGGGCAUGCCGGCUAAAAAACCGGUGGCCGACUACUUUUUGUAA